CCGCCGCGCCGCCCCCUCCCCCGCGCAGCCCACCUCUGCAGGUGGGGGGCCGGCGGGCGCGCAGAGCCGGGUCCCCGCGGCGGAGGGGCGGGGCGAGGGGCCCGGGGCUCCCGGGCCUCCCCAGAACACGACUCCCGCAAGCCCUUCUGGAACCCAUUAAGCAGCUGGGGCCUCGAGCGCGGACACACAGCGCGUCCUGCUGGAGCCUCCCGCCGGGACGGGGCCUCGCUGGGCAGCUCGGCGGCCCGCCGCCGCCGCACCCCGGAGACGCGGGGGAAGGAGGCUGUGCUGGGCUCCGGAGCGGCCCGCAACCCUUCCCAGCCUGCCGAGGCGGGAGGCGGCUCCAAAGUUUCUUUGUCUUCACCCUCCAGGGAAGAUGGCGAGUGCCCUUCCUCGCCUCUUAGAGAGAAGCGCUGAGUGCGGCCGGGUCGCCGGAAGCCCUGAUCGUUCCCAGGGUCUCGUUAGGCCUUGAGGGGUCAGGGCUCGGCCCGCUCGCUGCUUAUGUCAGGGGAGCGCCCGGCCUUCGCUCCGCUCUCCGGGAAUUUCUCCUAACGCGCAGGCUGCAGGCUCUGGGUAGACCGACUGCCUGCUCCAGCGGGCGUUCGGGGUUACAGACCGGGGUGUGGGCUGACGUGUGCUCUUGGCACGCGGGGGUGUUGGCACGAGAUUCUCAUUGGAGAAACUGAGGCCCAGAGUGUCUGGUCCGUAGCAGGAGUUGUGCUCAGUUCAGGGAGAGGCUGCUUCAAGCCCAGCUCUGCCCCACGGACUGAAGGAGGACAGACUCGGAGAGACCCUAACCCCUGCUGGUAAGGGUCCACGCCCCCAGGAGGGCUCUGGGGCGCACGCUGGUGCGGUGGGUCCCGCUCUGGGCCCGCUGCUCCUGGUGUGUCAGAGAGAGCCCCUCCCGCGGCAGGCUGUGGGAAGGUGAGCAACAGCCUUCCAGCUUCUCUCCCGGCAGAACGGGCUCCCAGGGGUGACGACGUGGGGUGAGGCUUCAGGAAAAAAGCAGCUGUCGUGCUGUUUGAUGAAGGCGGGUGCGCGCGGGUGCUCUGCGAAGCCGACCUGGAUUGCUGGGGGCGCCGCGCCUCCUGUGUUCACCCCCGAGGGUGUUCGACUUCCCGGGACUGUCGGGCUCAAAUGUCCUUAACUUGUCUUUGUGACCUAGAACUUGUGGAGUCUUGCCAGCUGGGGUCUUGUAGGUACCGUGCGUUGGAAGUUGGGGGGUGGGGUCGCUGUCGGAAGGUGGACCACGGACGUGGUGGCGUGGAUGGUGUGCGGGGCCGGGCCGGUGGUGGAACGCCUGAGAGCCCCCGUGGAGAGGAUGGAGGGAAGGCCCUUGGCCGACGAGAAGCUGACCCCUCUUUCUCUCAACUCCCAAGUGCGGUCUUUUGGCACUGAAGACCGUCCCACAGACAGGCCGGCCCCCCCCAGAGAGGAGAUCUAUGAGUACAUCAUCUUCCGGGGAAGCGACAUCAAAGACAUCACUGUGUGCGAACCUCCGAAAGCUCCGCGCGCGCUCCCGCAGGACCCCGCCAUCGUUCAAUCUUCCCUGGGCUCGGGCUCGGCCUCCUCCUUCCAGCCACACGUGCCUUACAGCCCCUUCAGAGGAAUGCCGCCCUACAGCCAGCUGGCUGCCAGCUCUCUGCUUAGCCAGCAGUACGCCGCUUCCCUGGGUCUAGAGAAGCUGGUGAGCCCUCCAGCCUCGGCCGCAGCUUCCAGCCCUAGUUCUUCUCCAUCUCCACAGCCCGCCUCAGAGCUUGACAUGUCCUCAGAACCACAUCAGCUCACUUCCAAGGGAGCCGGUUUUCCAUCCGUCCCAGUCGGCAAGAGCCCCAUGGUGGAGCAGGCUGUGCAGACUGGUUCUGUUGAUAACCUGAACGCCAAAAAGCUGUUACCCGGCAAGGGCCCCGCGGGGGUGCAGCUCGGCGGGCGGCCCGCGCAGCCCGGCGGCAAGAGCGGCAGCGAUGUAGCUCAGCCGGCCGCUGUGCCAAGUCAAGGGCAGGUGAAUGACGAGAACAGAAGGCCUCAGAGGAGGAGAUCAGGGAACAGACGAACGAGGAACCGCUCCAGGGGGCAGCACCGCCCGACUGCCGUCAAGGAAAACACAAUCAAGUUUGAAGGCGACUUUGACUUUGAGAGCGCCAACGCCCAGUUCAACAGGGAGGAGCUGGAUAAAGAGUUUAAGAAGAAACUGAAUUUUAAAGAUGACAAUGCUGAGAAGGGGGACGAGAAGGACUCGGCAGUGGUGACCCAGAGUGACGAGGCUCCCGCUGAGGAAGACCACCUGGGGCCCAACUGCUACUAUGACAAGUCCAAGUCCUUCUUCGACAACAUCUCCUCUGAGCUCAAGACCAGUUCCAGGCGGACUACGUGGGCUGAGGAGCGGAAGCUCAACACAGAGACCUUUGGGGUGUCGGGAAGGUUUCUUCGUGGCCGUAGCUUCAGGGGUGGAUUUCGAGGGGGCAGGGGCAACGGUACAACCCGGCGCAACCCAACUUCCCACAGAGCUGGGACUGGCAGGGUGUGAGGAUGCCGCCUGCGGCGCCUGUGGAAGUCGCACAGAAACAACGCUAUGUCUGAGGAUGUUGGAAACGCUGCACUUAUCGGGGACACGGGGGUCACUUUGUUUAUGGAGUUUGGAAAAUUCCCGUACUACUACUUGUGUUUUGAACUUAAUUGAACUUGGACAUGGUCUGAGUUAGAACCACUUGUUUUGGGGGAAGUAUCCGUGGGUGACCUCUUAGAGGUAUUUUGGCCUGUUUUUUCUCUUUAGUUGCACACAGCCUGAUUCUAAGGUUCUGGUAUUUUGGAGAAAGGUUUUAGAGCAAAAGCUUGAUCCUUAUUUUGUGACUUUUCUUUGUGACAGCUUUGAUUUUUUUCGAACGGAACCAAAUCCCAUUUGGCAAAUGUGGCAGCCAAGUGUGUAUCUCUAUAACCCAACUGGUCUCUGGUGCUGCUGGCCUGGCACCCCCAUGGCCACAGGUGGGGGGUCUCAGGAGCCACGCGGGGCCAGCAUGGGAGCGUGUGGGGGUGGGUGGGCGUUAGGGCAGGGAGAGUGGGGUGUCCCACGGAUCAUGUUGUAUAAGCAAACCAGACAGCCCUUACAUCCAGAGUGGCGAUGUCAAGGUUUAGAGCUGGUGGGUUGGGGCAGGGGGGGUGGUGCAGGGAAGAAGGGGGAGUCCUGGAGGCUUAGGAAGGGGUCCUGAACUUAAGCUAGGAACUGUUGCUCGGAGCCUGGCUUCCAUAGGAAUCGGGGAUGGGGGCCAAAGCCCAGGGACCUGUGGGGUCCCUGUCCUUCCUGCCCCAUCCCUGCCAUCCCCAGACCCAGGCUGGUCAGUAUUGGACUCUGGCCACUGUUCAGUGUCUCAUCCCCUUGGAAAUGAGCCAGUCUUUUUUGCAAGGUCGGUUGACCUAAAACAUUAUUUCUCCUCAAUUGUAAAUAGUUGCGUUUUUGUUUUACGGUGGGUGGAGGGUGGGUGGGGAACAUAAAUUCGUUGCAUGAGUAAAUGGGUCAGACCUGUAGUGUGAGCAUGCGCCCUUCUGCCGGAGAGGGCACUGUGUUGAACAUAAGCACCUUGGUAACUAAACCCCCUUAAAUAGCUGCAAAGGUUUUAGUUCUGUAUUGAUUCAGUUACUGUAAAAGCUUGGGUUUAUUUUUGUAGGACUUAAUGGCUAAGAGUUAGAACAUAGCAAUGGGCUGCUCUGUUGGAGUAAUGUAAAUUGUAAUUAUAAAUAAACAUGCAAACCUUUA